UCUGAAGAUGACAAUACCUUAAUCAUUGAAUUACUAUCAUCAAGUUUAACUUUUUCCAUAAAAGCAACGCUACAAAAUCCAAAAUGGAUUAAAGAUAGGUCUUCCGUUUUGUUAUCAUCAGUAUACUAA